CUUAGGCCUAAGCACUCAGACACGCUCACUAGCGUUAGUCACCUGGGGUCGGUGCCGUGGAAUCAAGAACAGUUUGCAGAACCUGAAGGCCUAGAGGUGUCAGUGAUGGGAAUAAGAAAGAAGGUACUUAGGAAUGAACACCCAGACACGCUGACGGCAAUGGCUAAUCUCGCAUUUACCCCCCCCAAGUCGCAAAACUGGAACUAA